GGAAACGUCUUACGCGAUUACACUUUUCGUAUUGCAUCAGUAAUUGAAUGUCAUUUGGAACGUGCAUCAUAAAUUUACCGUUGAAAUGAAGGUAAUUUUCUACUUCAUUUUCGGACUGUAUCAAAGCGCGAUCGGUGACCAGCUGUUCGACUUAAUGAUAAAACCCGAAGACUACGGAGCAGAUGACAUCGUCGACCAAAGCGGAGACGGAUCCUUCGAGGAUUAUAAUCAAAAUGGUAGCGGAUACCAGCCGACGGAUGAUGAAGAUUUUUUCAACGAUCCACGUGGAUUUUCGACCGUUUCGAAUAAAUCGAACGACGAUAAUGAUGAUGAUGAUGAUAACGGAAGCGGAUAUUUCGAGCUCGAUAUUACGUAUAAUGUUUCCGCGGGAAUGAAUUCGACCUUCGAACAAUCGAAUAAAGAUUCGAACAAAGAAGGUUGGGAAUUUGAGGCGAAUGAAAUUAAGGAAGUCAAUUGCGUUUCUAAGGAAAGCCCAAACGAAAUAAACGCGGAUGUAAUCGAAAUAAUAAGAAGUAAAAAUAUGAAAUGUCGUAUAUUUACUAAUGAAAUUAGUGAUAAUAUCAUUAUAUAUUGUUAGUUUUGUUAUCUCAAACUUUAUUUUUAUCUGUAGAUGUUUAUAAUCGAAUAAAUAAAUAAAUACGACUGUAUAUAAAACGA